GGGCUUUGUGCGGCUCCAGGUGCUCCGAGCGGCCUCCAGAAAACCUGAAAGGCCAUCAUGGCAGCGCAGCCCAAGCUCCACUAUCCAAACGGGAGAGGCCGGAUGGAAUCCGUAAGAUGGGUUUUAGCUGCUGCUGGAGUUGAGUUUGAUGAAGAAUUUUUAGAAACAAAAGAACAGUUGCAGAAGUUGCAGGAUGGUAACCACCUGCUGUUCCAACAAGUGCCGAUGGUUGAAAUUGACGGGAUGAAGCUGGUGCAGACCCGGAGCAUCCUCCACUACAUCGCGGACAAGCACCACCUCUUUGGCAGGGACCUGAAGGAGAGAACCCUGAUUGACAUGUACGUGGAGGGGACGCUGGAUCUGCUGGAACUGAUCAUCAUGCAUCCUUUCCUAAAACCAGAUGAUCAACAGAAGGAAGUGGUUAACAUGGCCCAGAAGGCUAUCAUUAGAUACUUCCCUGUGUUUGAAAAGGUUUUAAGGGAUCACGGACAAAGGUUUCUCGUUGGCAAUCAGCUGAGCCUUGCAGACAUAAUUCUGCUCCAAACCAUUUUGGCUUUAGAAGAGAAAAUUCCUAAUAUCCUGUCUGCAUUUCCCCACCUCCAGGAGUUCACAGUGAAAAUCAGUAAUAUCCCGACAAUUAAGAAAUUCCUUGAACCUGGCAGCAAGAAGAAACCUCCUCCGGAUGACAUCUAUGUGAGAACCGUCUACAAUAUCUUUAUGCCGUAAAACAACUCAUGCAUCUGUGAGUGAGAGCCAGCCCCUAGAGAUUGCUGUGUCCACAAUAGUAUCUCCAUCGAUGCCAGGCUGCCGUGAUGCCAGCUCUGUUGUAGUGCUAUGUAUGGUUGUUCCCAAGUUGGGUCUUUCAAGUCAAGGCGAUCUCUUCUAGAAACAUCGACAUUUAUGUGUCCAGUGAAUAAUCAUUACGGGAUUUUUUUUUCCUGAAAACCUUUUCAGAGAGGCUGGCAUUCAAGUUAGAUCUGAUCUGAACUCAUUUCCUGAUAACAAGGAUGGGAAGGCCUCAUGUUCCCCCCUGAGCGUCUUUUCUCCUCUUCUUAUCCCAUUCUAAACCCCCUCCAGUCUCUUCCUAAUUUUUAGUGUCUAAUAAAACAGAAUAUCUAGUGAAUAACUCUCCUCUGAGCUAUUAUAAAUCCCUGGUAGCAAUGAAUGCAGUCGAUAUUAGCCAAAAUAAAGAAUUUACAAAUCAUU